UAAACGGAAAGUCCGACGAGAAUCUUAAAAAACAGUUGACUGAAUUGUCCGCAUAUUUACAACAGAUGCAAUCGAAAGAAAAAAUUGUAAACUCGUUGCUAUAUUAUGGUCUCAGUUUGAAUAUGUCUGACUUCGGGGGAAAUUUUUACAUAACAUUCCUGUUAUCGGGAAUCGUUGAACUCCCGUCUCAACUAUUGUCGCCACUAAUGCUACGAUAUAUGGGUCGCCGAAAACUCUACGCUCUCUUUACGUUCAUAACUGGUGUUUCGUGUUUCGCAAUAAUUCCCGUCCAAAGGGAAUGGAUUAAAGUAACGUUAGCUUUAAUCGGGAAGUUUUCUGUGAGCACUUCCUUUAAUGUAUACUCAAUACACGGACCCGAACUCUUGCCAACAGUUUUGAGACAGAGAGGGAUGGGUUUCGCUUCUUUUGUCGGAAGGGUUGGAUCAAUAAGCGGACCAUUUAUGAAGAAUUUGGCUGCCGAUUAUGGCCUAACAUUGGUGAUGAUACUGUACGGUUGUCUCAUGUGUGUCGGCUCUGUGUUGGGAUUAUUACUUCCCGAAACCAAAGACCGAGAAAUUCCCGACACUAUUGAAGAAGCAGAACGACCUUGCUAUUCUUUAAAAUAUACCAUGGUCUCGAGUAAAAUGCCAGAGGUGAAACAUAUCGCUGACAUAGUGGGCGAAUGGGGUAAAUGGCAACUAUUAUUGUUCUCGUUUUAUUUUCUACUAUUGGGAACCGAUGCCAUUAAUAACAUGGCCUAUGCUUUUCACGCUUAUAAUAAUGAUUUUUGGUGCAGUGAUGUUCCCCCAGACUAUACGAAUAAAACAAAAGAUAUGAAAUGCUUUAAAUUCACGAAUCGAAGCGAGAAAUGCAAUGAAUGGACAUAUGAUUGGUCUGUAUUCGGAAAGACAAUUAAUACUGAAUGUGCGAUCGACAAUAUAUGGCAUCGUUUUCGCAAACGGCAUAUAUGUUGGGAUAUGUAUUCUCUGGACUUGUAUUCUCACACUAUUCAGACAAAUACGGCCGAAGAA